AUUUUGGCUCAAGCGUUUUUGGCACGGUGCGAGUCUGCUUACUAUAGUUUUCCUUUCUCUCGCUUCCCACACACAUACGCACCUGCCAGAUUCCGCUUGCCUGUGGCGGCGCCCGGCUCAUUGUUUCUCUCUCUUCUCGCUAGCGGUGCAUGGGUUCCGUGGACGGUGUGAGGAGAUCGCGAUCACCCGGAAGGAUGAACUCCGAGGAGAUCAGGCGCUUGAUCGAGGAAUCCUCCACCAGGGCGGCCGAGAAGGCCGCAGACCUCGGAGCGAACAAAGCGCUGGAGGCCGUCCUGCCGAAGAUUCAGGAUAUCGCCGAGACAGCGGCCACUGCGGCGGCCCGCAAGGUAUGCGCAGAAUCGGAGCAGAAGAUGUCUCGCGAGCUCGCCGCUGUGCGGGCUCAGAUGGCUACAGCAUCGUCCAUCGCGGGGGCUUCCACGAGCGGUGGCACCACGGCAACGGGAGGAGGUAACCGGUCCAGGCAUGGUGACUUCAUUCCGCAAUGGGUGGAAAUCAAAGGAUAUAUUGCGAAUUGGGAUGCCAAGGAAGACACCGCCCUGCUCUCCCACGAGGUGGAGCAGUACGUCAACAAGCUGACUGCCAAGAUGGAUCCGGACAGCCAUGCACUCAUCGAUACACAGGCCACCAAGAGGAUCUACGACUCACGCACCUUCAACACGAAAAUCCAGAUGAUGGUGAAAGAUCACACGCGUGACAGAUGCUGGGAACUCAAGGGUGCCAUCGACAAGGCCAUCAACACGGCGCCCGCUGACUUCACCAUCAACUCCAGGACGGUCAGCGUGGUGGUCCAGCUUCCGCCCCACAUGACCAAUACCAACAUGCAGAGCGCAAAAUUUCAUGGACUUGCCGAGCGUGCACGCAUACCUCGGACCGCGUACAAGAUCGACUACGUCAGGCCGAGCCGGGACGUUUGCCAUCUCCACGUCCAGCACUUGGUUCCAGGUCGCCGCCCCAAGCGUCUGGCCACGUACGACGGCGACUGGGGCAUCCAGCAGUCGGAGUGGGAAGACAUGCGCACCGAGAUCACCUACCAGAAUGCGCUGCAGGAACUCCGCCGCGCCUGACGCUCCCUGCCCAUGGGCCGCCUCCUGGGAAAGAUCGACGGCUUGAAAGUUAUACAGUGGAAUAUUGGGAAACUCUCCUUCGCGGAAUUCCCAGAGGUGCUGUAUGACCUUCGCAGGUGGUAUGGGAGCCCGACGGUGGUGAUCUGUUUGCAGGAAGUGUCCAACUGGCCGGAAGAUCCGGAGCUACAAGGGUGGGAGAUUCGACACGCCUACGAAUCGCACGUAGCCUUGGUCUAUCCAAGUGGGAUGGCCGGUAAUGUCACUAGCGAUUUUUACCACGAAGGGCUAAGCUGUUGCGGGAUGGCUUUUGGACCGAUUGGCAUCGCCACGAGUUACCUUCCGCAGACGGGACGCCCACCAACCGAACUUCGAGCAGCACUUCGCGACGCAGAA